AUGGAUCCAAACCAACUCAACUCUUUCUUCAAUUACUUACAAAACUUUCCUCAAAUUCCAAAUACCCAACAAUCUCAAACCUCAAACUCUCAAGUUCCAAAUCAAAACUUCAUACUACCAAAUACAUUUCAAAAUCCAAAUCCACAAAAUCUCUCUAAUUUCAAUUUUCAAACUCCUUAUAAUAAUCAAUUUCCUAUAUUCCAACUACAAAAUCAAAAUUCACAAACACCCCAUUUACCAUUUUUAUCCAUAUUUAACCCUUCUAUCGGAAAUGUUACUCCAACUUCCUUGCCGUUUCCAACUCAAUUUAGUGCAUCAAGACAUAACUCAUCUGGUGUUGGUGGCUCUUCUAACCCAUCCUCUCAGACUCCUAUACAAUCUAGUCCAAAUUCGCAAUAUUCAGAUUUUGCCAACCCUCAUGGAUUAGAUGCUAUCGACCUCAAUGAUGAUAUUGAAGAUCGGAGGCAAGAUAGUAUUCAACACUGGCAUUGGAAAGAGGAUGAGAUGUUGAUCAGUGCAUGGUUAAAUAUUUCAACUGACCCUGGGGUAGUUGCAUGUAAGAAACGAUGGUAUAAGAUCAACAAGGCUGUUGCACAAUUUGCUGGUUGCUACGAUCAAGCUAGUCGAAACAUAAGGAGUGGUUCGAACGCUGAUGAUAUAAAGGAGUUGGCUUAUAAACUUUAUUCCACAAAUUAUGGUCAAAAGUUCACUUUUGAGAGGCAUUGGAACAUGCUUCGAUUGGAGCAAAAAUGGAGAAGCCAACUACCUACACAGAGUGGCGGCUCAAAGAGAACCAAGGUUAGUGCAACUGGAGCAUACUCAUCCUCAUCAAACCCAGAAACACCGUUGGCUGACGAACCCGGUGUGGACUCUCCCGUUCGCCCACAAGGAUCAAAGAAGAGCAAGCGAAGAGGUAAGUGA